AUGUAAAAUAAUUUUUUUAUACUUAUUUAUCUUUAUUUUAUUUAUAACUAUAUUUUUAAUCGAAAAAAAUUAUUCAUUAAAAUAUAUUUAUUUUAUUAUAUAAAAAAUAUAUAUUUAUAUUUUUUAAUAUAAAUAAUUGAUUUAUAAUUAUUUAUUUUUAAUUUUUUGAUAUUAUCAGUUAUAUUUAUAUAAAAUAUUUUUUUUUUAAUUUUAAAAUAAUGUCAGAAAAACACUAAAACGCUGAUUAUAUAAAGAGUACUUUUAGUUCUAUAUAAAGAAUUAAAAAAAUAUAUUAAAUUAAAAAUAUUAAGACUAUAAUAAAAUAUUUAAUUUUAAUUUAAAAUAGAAACUGAAACAUUAAAAGCUUAAAAAUUUUAUAUUCCAUAAAAAACUUAAAAUGAAAAAGAUAAAAAGAAGGGUAAGAUCAAAUAUUUUAUAAAAUAGUAAAAAUUAUUGUAAAUAUUAGGUGAAACAACUGGAUUUGGUAAUAUAAAAAUUGAAAGUAGUGCAAAAGAUUGUGUGUAAAGAGCAAAUGAAUUAGAAUAAAUUUUAAUAGAAUAAAAGAAGCAAAACAAACGUUUAAUAGAUGAAUUAGAAAGCAGAAAAGAAAGAUUUAAAAAACGUGAAGUUGAAUAUAGAAAGAUAAUAUGUGAAUUAUAAGAUGAAAUAAAAAAUAAAGCAGUUCCAAACACAAAUGAAUAAAAAAGGCAAGAAGAAAUAUAAUAAUUGCAUUCAUAAAUAGUUGAAAACAUUGAUAAUAUAUAAGUAAAAACUUCAAAAAUAAUAUUAGAUUAAGAAAAAGAUGUUUUGAGAUUUUUCAAUAAUAAAAUAAAUGAAAUUAAAAAAUAGUUUGAAGAAGAAAGAAUUAAAAAAAGCAAAAAAGACUAAGAUUAUGUAGAAAAGGAAUUAAAGUUAACAAGUAAAUUAGAAUGGAUUAAAAAUAUUGCCCAAAAAAUAGAUAAUGAAAAUCAUAAUUUAAUGAAAAAAUAUAUGGAUUUAAAAAGUUAAUAUUAAACUUAGGAGAAUGAUAGGGAAAUGCUACUUAAAGAAUUAAUUAUGAAAAAAAAAAAAUAUGCAAUCCUCAAAAGUUAGCUCGAAUAAUAUGAGCAACUUUUAAAUGAAGCUUCAAAAGAAAUAGAACAUGCAGAUGAAGAUUCUUUAAAGAAGAAUUCAUAAUCAAAUAAUGGUAUUUAUAGUUUUUAUAAAUUGUAUAUAUUAAAAUAUAAUUUAAAGAUUAAUAAAAUGAUAUUAAUAAUCCUAAUAUCGCAAUAAGAAAAAACAUUUAAAGUAAUUUAAAGCUCUCUACGAAAAGAAUAAAAACGAGUAAAAGAUUUAAAAUAAUUAUAUUUAAAAGAAAUUGAAUAAAAAAAUGAACUAAAUAGAAUAAUUAGUAAAUACGUAGAAAAUAUUAAAUAAGAUUUCAAAUAAAAGCAUAAAAGUAAAGAUAAUAAUAGUACUUUUACUUAAGAGAUGAGAUAAAAAUUAAUUGAACAAAUACUUUCUAAUGACACAAUAUUAACACUUGUUUAUGAUAAAACAUUUUGCCCUGAUCUUAAAGAUUUAAAAAUUAAUGAAAAUGAGGAAGAAUACGAAAAUUAAUCUUUCACUUGA